AUGACAAUCUCGCCGGCGUCGCUCCGUCCGUGGUCCGAUCUCCUGCCGGAGCUCCUAGGCCACGUCACCGCCCACCUCCCGUUCCCCGCCGACCGGGCGCGCCUCCGCGUCGUCUGCCGCGGCUGGCAGUACUCCGCGGCGCGCCGCCACGUGAGCCAGCUCCCGUGGCUGGUCCUGCCGGAUGGAUCCUUCGUCACCGUCGGCGACAGCGGAACCUACUUCCACGGCCGGACGACGAUCCCGGGCCUGCCGGAGGACGCGACCUGCGUCGGCUCCACCGACGGCUGGCUCGCCCUCGACCGCACCGACCAAGCGCACCGGCGCACCACAAUCCAGGACAUGUACUCCGGCGCGUUCCGGGGGCCCAGCGGCAACGUCAAGCACGCGCACGCGUACCUCCUCCACAACCCGUUCUCCGGCGCGACGGUGCCGCUCCCCGAGCUGGACGCCGUCGCCGGCGUUGUCUCCGAGGUGUUCGAGGAACGCAAGGUGCUGAUGCGGUCGCCGUCAGCUCCCGGCGACGACGUCAUCGCCUUAGUGACCAACAGCACGCGCUGCAACAUCAUCCUGUGCCGCCCCGGCAAAGGCAUGCCGUUGGAGGAGGACCACAAUGACGAUGAGAGGGAGGACGACGACGUCGACGACGAGGAGGUACCGAACCAAGAUGAGGAUGAUGGCAGCUUUAACGGCGAUGGCAUGAUUUCAGACGGCGAGGUGGCAGUGCAAGACGGGGAGCCCUACGAAGCCAACGACUACAUUAUUACCACGAGCAAAAUAGUCAGGUCGCGGCUCGGGGAGUUGCUCAUGGUGAGGAGGCAGACGCAGGUGCCUCCGUUCUCUAGCUCCUACACUCUCGAGGUCGAGGUCUUCAAGGCGGAUCUCGAUGCGGGCGAGUGGGUACUGUCCGCCGACGACGGGCUGGCCGAAGACGAGGCUCUCUUCCUCAGCCGCUCCUUCUGCAGGUCUACACAUGUGUACGGAGACAUCAGCGCGGGCUUCAUAUACUUCGCUGACACUGGCGAUGUGUUCGACACCAGAUGUCGGACUUGUAGGCCGUUCAGACUGCCGCCACAUAGGCGUCUGUUUAGCAGCCGGCUGUGGAUUUUCCCGCCGGAACUGGUGGUUUAG